GGCUGAUCUCUAUCUUUCUCCCACAGACAUCUUUCUAUGUUGUAAAACACAGAGCAGAGACUUGCUGGUCGUUGACGGUGGCACAGCAACCCAUUAUGAGCGCUGUCUUCUGAAAACGUACAGCGGAAGGGCGCGAGGGAUGAUGGCUUAGUCGCGUGCGGAGCGCCGAUGCUGCACGAUGAGUGUAGCGCUGCAAGAUUUACGAAAUAACAUGUCUAACUACAAGCGUGCAACGUUUGAGGAGGAGGACGGGACCGACAUCCCUGCCGAUGGAGCCAUCUCUCCUGACAGUGUGGAGGUGGGUUUCCGUAAGGGUGGUGUUCAGUUCUUUGGUCCACUGGGCAGGAGGACUCAGCUGGAGGUGGUUUUGGCUGGUCUGCUUCUCACUUCACUUCUAGUACUAUUUGGCUGUGCGAUCACACUGGGAGUCCGCUAUAACGGAGAUCCAGCCCGUAGUAUCUGUCUAACAGAGGCGUGUGUAACCGUGGCCAGUAAGAUAGUGGAAGCUCUGGACCGCUCCGUCGACCCAUGUCAGGAUUUUUACCAGUACGCCUGUGGAGGAUGGGUCCGCAAAAACCCCCUGCCAGAUGGCCGCUCCCGCUGGAACACAUUUAACAGCAUCUGGGACCAGAACCAGGCUGUGCUCAAACACCUGCUGGAAAAUGGCACCUUUAAUUCAAGCAGUGAGGCAGAGAGAAAGACGCAGUCCUACUACCUUUCCUGUCUCAAUGAACAACGAAUAGAAGAGCUCGGAGCCCAACCACUCAUCGACUUGAUUGCAAAGAUAGGAGGCUGGAACAUCACAGAGUCCUGGGAUAAAGAUAAUUUUCUGGACGUUUUAAAGAUAGUUUCUGGACCUUACAGAGCUCAGCCCUUCUUCACUGUCGGUGUCAGCGUGGACCCUAAAAACUCUAACAGUAAUGUCAUUCAGGCUGACCAAUCAGGACUCUUCCUCCCAUCCCGAGAUUAUUACCUCAAUAAAACAAACGAGAAGGUGUUGAAGGCUUAUCUGGAUUACAUGAUAGAGUUGGGAUUGUUGUUGGGAGGAGACAAGAACUCCACUCGGGGUCAGAUGCAGCAAAUUUUGGACUUCGAGACAGCACUGGCUAACAUCACGGUUCCUCAGGAAGAACGGCGAGACGAGGAAAAGAUCUACCACAAGAUAACGAUAGCUGAACUCCAGGUGUUGGCUCCGGCAGUUGAAUGGUUGGAUUAUCUGAACUCGGUCCUUUCCCCGCUAGAGUUAAACGACACGGAGCCUGUGGUGGUCUACGCCAAGGAAUACAUGCAACAAGUUUCGGAGCUCAUCAACAAGACCGACCGCAGUCUUCUGAAUAAUUACAUGAUCUGGAAUCUGGUGCAGAAAGGAGCGUCCAGUCUCGACCAGAGGUUUGAGAACGCUCAGGAUAAGCUCCUGGAGAGCCUCUACGGCACGAAGAAGUCCUGUACCCCACGCUGGCAGACGUGUAUCGGGAACACAGAUGACACUCUCGGUUUUGCAUUGGGUGCUCUUUUCGUCAAAGCCACCUUCGACAAACAGAGCAAAGAAAUAGCGGAAGGAAUGAUCAAUGAAAUCCGCUCAGCUUUCAAAAACGCGCUAGAUGAUUUGAACUGGAUGGAUGAUCAAACCCGACAAGCUGCCAAGGACAAGGCGGAUGCCAUCUAUGACAUGAUCGGAUUUCCAGACUUCAUUCUGGACUCCAAAGAGCUUGAUGAUGUGUAUGAUGGGUAUGAGGUUACAGAAGACAACUUCUUCCAGAAUAUGAUCAACUUCUACAACUUCUCAGCACGAGUGAUGGCAGACCAGCUCCGCAAGCCACCGAACAGAGACCAAUGGAGUAUGACUCCACCCACGGUGAACGCUUACUACAUGCCGACCAAGAACGGAAUCGUGUUCCCCGCCGGCAUCUUGCAGGCCCCGUUCUACGCCCACGACCACCCCAUAGCUUUAAACUUUGGUGGUAUUGGAGUGGUCAUGGGACACGAGUUAACGCAUGCAUUUGAUGAUCAAGGCAGAGAGUAUGACAAAGAUGGGAACCUUCGGCCUUGGUGGCAGAACUCCUCGGUGGAGGCAUUUAAGAACCGCACCGAGUGUAUGGUGGACCAGUACACCCAGUACACCAUCAACGGAGAGCACAUUAAUGGCAAACAGACGCUGGGAGAAAACAUAGCAGACAACGGUGGCCUGAAAGCGGCCUAUCACGCGUACAGGUCAUGGGUGAAGAAGAACGGUGAAGAGAAGAGACUUCCCGCUGUCAAUCUGACAAACGACCAGCUCUUCUUCUUAGGUUUUGCACAGGUGUGGUGCUCCGUCCGAACGCCAGAAAGCGCUCACGAGGGCCUGAUGACGGACCCUCACAGCCCACCCAAAUACCGCGUCGUCGGCACCCUGUCCAACUCACCCGACUUCGCAGAGCACUUCCAGUGUCCGCUGGGCUCUGCCAUGAACUCCGGCCACCGCUGUGAGGUGUGGUAGGACUGGCACACACUAAACACCAGCUUGCUUACACAGACCAGCCUGGCCAACGACAAAAAACACGCUGAACGGACAGUUUGGGCUCUUUCUCAAGCACAGUUUUUUAAUUUAUGUGUUGGGUGAUGAAUCCGGGAGGAGACGAGCGCCUGCCAACAUUGAUGUUCUCCAGUGUUUGAAUCGACCGAUAUCAAAUUUUCCUCUGCCACCUGGGCUCGCUUUAUUUAUUUGUUUGCUGAACUCAAGGACAUGAAUGGGCCCCGUCCAACGCUUACACGUGUGAUUCUCGCUUCAUACCCACUGUGUGAAGAUGUGACCACUGUGACGACACUGGGAAUAUGUGUCUCCGUGACCUCGCAGGAAACGUUUGGCUCCAUCUGUGAUGACUUCAUGUUCUCACGGUGACCUCACAGGAAGUGAUGAACGACAUCUGUGACCCCCCACAGGAAAGGAAGGUUUCAUGGAAGCGCUAUCUAACGACAGGGAGAGCCACUGUGUGUUCAUCCCACCUGUGUAUCAUGUGUUUGAUCUUGACAAAGUUGAAAUGAAACGUUCAUUUUAAACUGCUCUUUGCCAAAGAACAAUUUCAGUGUUGUUCCUUGUGUAAGCGAAAGUGGGAAUUUUGCACUGCUUCGACCUUCGGUAAUCCCAUUCCAGUGUAAAUCCAGUGUGUUUGCCUAAAGACAUUUACUUGUAUGUGAACGCUGUGUUUCCGUGUCAGUGUGUCUGUGAAGGGGCGUUGUUUGAACUUUGUCAAGUCUGCUGAAAUACGUUCUCAAAACCACUAAAAGGGUGAAUCUCACCAAUGUCCGAGUCAUAUUUGCAUUAAAAAUGUCUAUUUUUAAAACUA